AAAACUCUCCCCUUUAACACCCCAGGAAAAACCAGAGUUCAAUUGCCAGAGACAAGAACUACUUCCAGCUGCUGUUUAGUCAAGGUUCUCUCUCACUGAUACAGAUUAGGGUUUGAUUAAGUAGACGAAGAAGAAUCAGAUAUGGGAUAUAAUCAUUGGUCCAAUUUGAUCCGUAAUGUUGUUUUCAAUGGUAGAAGAACCUCCACAUUGUUUCCAAGGGCUAUUGUUUCUCCUAAUUUGGGAUCAUUCUCUCAAUUUCAUACUCCUCCUUCAUCAUCAUCCACUGAAAAUGAUCUCAAUUCAUCAUCAUCCUCUUCAUCUAUGGCAUCCUAUCAUGUCAAUAGUGGGUCUUCUUACAUGCGUGGUGCUGUUUUCUGGGAACCUAACAAGCCUCUUUCAAUCGAGGAUUUUCAAAUGCCACGCCCCAAAGCCGGUGAAGUUCUCAUCAAGACUAAAGCUUGUGGGGUUUGUCAUUCCGAUCUUCAUGUCAUGAAAGGAGAACUCCCAUUUCCUAGCCCUUGUGUAAUUGGUCAUGAGAUCACAGGUGAGGUGGUUGAACACGGGCCACUCACAGACUCGAAAACCAUCGAAAGAUUACCUGUUGGAGGACAUGUUGUUGGAGCCUUUAUAAUGCCUUGUGGUAACUGUCACUAUUGUUCAAGGGGUCAAGAUGACUUGUGCGAAGAUUUCUUUGCUUAUAACCGAGCGAAAGGAACACUUUAUGAUGGAGAAACGAGGCUAUUCCUCAGGAAUAGUGGUAAGCCUGUAUACAUGUACAGUAUGGGAGGACUAGCCGAAUACUGUGUUGUUCCUGCAAACGGUUUGUGCAUCCUCCCAGAUUCAUUGCCCUACACAGAAUCCGCCAUUUUGGGUUGUGCUGUUUUCACGGCUUAUGGUGCUAUGGCCCACGCAGCCGAGGUUCGUCCUGGAGACACAAUUGCAGUUAUUGGAAUUGGUGGUGUUGGCUCAAGUUGUUUGCAGAUAGCUCGAGCAUUUGGUGCAUCGGAGGUUAUUGCUGUCGAUGUACGAGACGACAAACUGGAGAAAGCUAAGACCCUUGGAGCCACUCAAACCAUAAAUUCAAAGAAUGAGGAUGCUGUUCAAAGGAUUAUUGAACUAACAGGGGGAAGGGGAGUGGAUGUUGCUGUGGAGGCAUUAGGAAGGCCACAAACAUUUUGGCAAUGUACUCAAAGUGUAAGAGACGGAGGAAAAGCUGUAAUGAUUGGUUUAACGAAUUCUGGCGCUAAAGGGGAAGUGGAUAUAAACCGUCUUGUUAGAAGACAGAUAAAAGUGAUUGGUUCGUAUGGAGGAAGGGCAAGGCAGGAUCUUCCGAGGUUGAUUAAACUUGCAGAGAGUGGCGUGUUCAAUCUUAAGGCUGCAGUUUCGAGGAAGUGCACUUUUGAAGAAGCGGCUGGAGCUUACGAAGAUCUCAACAAGGGAACUAUAGUCGGAAGGGCUGUCGUUGAGUUAAUGUAAAAGGUUUGUUUCUUUGUCUAUCUCCAAUUUAAUAACUUCCAUCAAAUAAUAAUGACCUUGUUUGUGUAAUGAUGGAUUAUAUUCCAAUAAAAUUAAAUUGGAGAGGUUGUAAGUGAAAUAGGAAUUAGAUUUGAUGCUAGAAUUGUUCUCUGUGAAAUAUUUGGUUCUAAUAAUGUUUUAUUUUCUUUGAGAU